AUGCAACGCUCACAGUCGGCGGUGGAUUUUUCCAACCUGCUGAACCCCGAAGCUGCACCAACUUCCGUACCACAACUCAACGCUGCCAGUAAUCCUGCAGAUAUGGCAACUGUCAGCGUUAUUCGCCCUAACGGGCCCCUGCCAGGCGGCCAGCCACAAGAAAACCCCAGUGAGCUGCCGCGACCAUACAAGUGUCCGCUCUGCGAUAAGGCAUUCCACCGUUUGGAGCAUCAGACGAGACACAUCAGAACUCACACUGGUGAAAAACCACAUGCAUGCCAGUUUCCCGGUUGCAGCAAGAAGUUCUCUCGUUCUGAUGAGCUCACCCGGCACUCGAGGAUACACAACAAUCCCAACUCGCGGAGAGGGAACAAGAACCCUCAAGCGUCGCAUCAUCAUAUGGGCUCAGCUUUGGCGCCUGACUCAAUGAUGCCUCCGCCAGCCGGUCCCAGAUCUAUCAAGAGUGCUCCUAACUCGACGCUGGUCUCGCCCAACGUUUCACCACCUCACUCUUACUCUCAGUAUACCUUACCGCAGGGCCCUCUCCACUACGGGAGGAAUAUGGGCAGUCCGCUGGGAUCUGCCCACACCAUGGACAUCGGCGUACUUGCGAGCGCUGCGAAGCAAGUAGAGCGAGACCAUAUUACUUCGCACCAUCAUGGUGCAAGACAUCACCCAUACUAUUCCCACAGCCAGCACAAUUCUCGUGGCCACCUUCCUUCUCUGGCUUCGUAUCACAUGUCGAGAUCUCACUCAAACGAGGACCACGAUGAUCAUUAUAGCCACCCUUUGAGGCACGCAAAGAAGUCGAGGCCAAACUCGCCCAACUCUACUGCUCCGUCUUCACCGACCUUCUCUCACGAUUCACUAUCUCCUACUCCUGAUCAUACACCACUGGCCACUCCUGCGCAUUCACCGAGGCUGCGACCCUACGCUGGUAUUGAGCUGCCGACGCUACGAAACCUGACCCUGGGCCACACGCCGGCCUUGGCGCCAAUGGAGCCGCAUUUUGGUGAUGAACGGCCGGCCUACCAGCAGUCUCAGCAAGCCACAAGCCCUGCUCCUCGUAUUGGUCUAUCGUUGACGGACAUUAUCACCAGGCCAGAUGGUAGCAGGAAGUUGCCGGUUCCUCAAGUACCGAAGGUUGCUGUUCAAGAUCUGCUAGCUCCUAACGAUGGUUUCAGCAGCAGCGGGCGAAGCUCGACAACUGCGAGUCUCGCAGGUGGAGAUCUCAUGGAUCGGAUGUAG